UUCGACGUUUAGCGGGGAGCAGCCAAAAAGCAUUUGAAUACUACCUCGUCUGGUACACAGUAAGCAACGGAAGCAAAAGCGACUUAAAACGCACAAAGCGCCAGUUCCAAUUCGUUGAGUAAAGCAACCAAAAACCAAACUAUCCCACGAUGAGUAUGGCCGACCUGAACGCGGCUCAGCAAGCGAAGCUGCAGCUGAUGCAGGAGAUGGAAAUUGAAAUGAUGUCGGAUUUGUACAGUCGCAUGACACAGGCUUGCCAUAAAAAGUGUAUCCCACCAAAGUAUGCCGACUCGGAACUGGGGAAAGGAGAGUCCGUGUGCAUCGACCGAUGUGUGGCAAAGUAUCUGGAGGUACACGAGCGUAUUGGCAAAAAACUAACGGCCAUGUCAGCGCAAGACGAGGACCUGAAGAAGAAAAUGGGCGUUUAGAGGAUAAAGCACGUGUUUCUUACACAAUUAGCGUUAGGUUUGAGCCUCACAACUCCCUCUUAUGUUGAUUUCGUACAUCAUUUUAAUCGUUUACUCAGGCAUUGAUUCAUGAUGCAGCAGUCUAAAAGAAAGGACUACGCUCGUUAGUUUUCAGUCAGGCGGUCCCUCUAUUCAGUUUGCUCGUCAGUUUACACAAUGUGGCGUAAAUUACAUUACAUAUGCUCGAAACCGAUCGACGGGGAAUGGAUGAAUAAAGGAUCGCCUUGA